GGAAUACGUCUCCCAUUGGCUAAAUUACAGUUUACAAUAGUGGUAACGCAAAUAUUUAGACAGCGGAGAUCAAAUUAAUACAAUGUGAUGUACGUAAAUAUAUUGUGAGUAGAUCAUUUGUUGCUCAAUUAUCUUUGUAAAAAAAAGUGUGUGUAUUCUGUUGUUCUUUUCAGCAACAAGUACGCAAACAGACGUCGUAUCGUCAUAGCCAAUAGAAUGUCGAAAGAUGGCUGGUGGGCGUGAUGGCGUCGGACAUUUUGGCGGCGAGGGUCUGGCAAGUUUUUAUGUCUGACUACUCGACUGGAGGUCUUUGUUUUUUAAUCUCUCGUUGGCAGUCACGGACAUUUGUUAUUUACUGGAAAUGGAAAAAGAACUGCUUACUAAACUUGCAUCUAAAAUGGGUAUAACCUCUGCAAGAAUUCUAAGCCAAGCAGAGGAGUACAUGCGGUUAUCCCUGGUUAGAUGCACAGGACUCAAAAAUACUACUGGUACAAGCAAAGCAAUAAUAUGUCUUGAGCUGGCAGCAAAAUCAAUGAAGUUACCCCUGGACAAAGAAUAUAUCGUCAAAUUAUCCGGGUUGAAAAAUAAGCAGUAUCAAAGCACUCUGAAGGCCAUGGAAUGCAUGCUUGGCCUUGAUUCUCACCUGGGACUCCGAGACCUUGCUGUUCAGUUUGGGUGCAUGGAUGCAGUCAAAGUAGCAACCAAAAUACUAGAACGGUAUGAAGCAAGCCUUCCUGCUGCUCAGCAGAAAGAUGUGGACCUGUCAAAACCACUCUUCACUACAGCUGCUUUGAACGCUGCAUGCAAAUGCUUGAAGAUCAAAGUGGACAGGAAGCUGGUCACAUCAUCUGGUGCCAAAAAGGGAAUCUUUGACAGGCUGUGCACCCAGCUCCAGAAACUGGGACAGGACAUCUGCAAAGAAGCCACUCCACUGAAGAAUCCAGUUAAAAUGUCACAUAAAAGACAGAACACACUCAUGGAAAGUAUUGAACAAAAAGAGGAAGAGGAAGAUCUGCCAGUGUCUCAAAAGCAGCUGAAAGUGGACUCUGAGGAGAGUGCAACAGAGGAUUACGAAGAGUGGAAGCGAAGAAUCUUGGAAAAUGCCCUUAAAGCCAAACAAGCCAAUGCAUGAAAGUUAAUUUGAAAUUCAUUGCUGUUUUAUAUAUUAAGAAAGAGUGUCGUGGCUGAGCUGAUUGAGGGGAAAGGUUCUCACAAGCUUGGGCAUGUGUUCAGUUAAAAUGCUGUAUGCAGUGAUGAGUAGUGAGGCUGGAGCUCUCGUUUUCUUUGAAUGUGAACGCUAAUGAGCAGGUACAAGUCUGCUAUGGAAGCACACAGUAGCUCCAUAUCUGAUUUAUUUCAGUUUUUGGAGAAGGUUAACUGAAAGGGGUGUUUUUUAUUUGAUCAUUGUUUGUUUCAACCAUGGUUAUUUUAUGCUAUAAGCAAGCAUGAUACGUUUCUAUUCAAACAGUACAUUGACUUGUCUGCCCCUCAGUGGUCAUGUGUGAGAUGUACUCUUAAGAGAAUUCUGCUGGGCUAUGUGUUGGAUAUGUACAGUUUUAAGAUGAACAUUCUGUGGUGUUUUAAAACGGCUAACUACAAUUUCCCUCAUUUUGUAAGAUCACAAUUUAUGGUGGAUUAUAGACUGUUUUAACAGUUGGCAGCUGGCAUUAUCAACUGUUUUUUUUUUUUUAGACCACAUUAAGUACCACAGUAUGAGUCGAAUGGUUCCAAUUGUUUUUAUUGUUUCCAUCUGGGAUUUUAGAAAUACUUAGUAUAAGUUCUGUGUUUCGUGUAGGCUUACCCCGGCGUGACGUUUUGAUAACUGCACAAAUCUCUCUCGGACAAGGUAAUGUGUCAACACUUAGCAUUGUGAAAAUUGAGGCUAAUGUAUUGAUUAAAACUCACCCUGUCCGAGAGAAUAACACAGCUAUCAAAAUGGCACGCGAAGGUAAACCUACACCGAACACAAAAUGAAUUAGAAUUUGUCAAAUUCACAACGUGAAAAAUGAAUGGUGGGAAAAACCAUUGUAACCAUUUUUGUGUUUAUGGGUGUUAUGACGCUUCUGUGUUGGGACUAUUGACAAUAGAAGUCAGUGGCCUUUUGUGGCUUCACUUAAUUUAAUAAAUUAACAUUUAUAGUCA